GCAUGCAAUAAAUACAUAGAAAAUUGACCAUAUAAAUACUGCAUUUUACAGUUUCACGUAAGUUCUGAAAUAUGUAAUUUUGGGCAUAUGGGCGAUCUCUCCCUCUCCACUUCCCAUCUCAAAACCCUGACAGGAGUUUGAAAUUUCCGGGCUCAUACUGGGUGCUGCGAUUGGCCCAGUAGGAGCUUACCUACAUGCAAAUGAAGCAACGCAACUUUGUUGCCUCGGAUCCAGAGCGUGAGGAGGAGGACCGGGAAUACACUCAUGUUCCCAGAGCUCUAGAAAAAACACCUCCACCUCCUUCAGUGUUAAAACGCUACAAUUAAACCGGCUGGGGGGGUUUAAAGAAGAAGAAGAAGAAGAAGAAGAAGAAGAAAAAAAGAAAGCGGACAAAAGAAGCUUUGGUAAUUUUUACGCACCAGUCGUGUAGAAAGCAAUCACGGAAUCCAACGGGACUAACCGAUUCAGCCAAUACUUCGCUACUGUUAUGAAGCGAGAAUGAGUAGCGCAGACGACAGCGGGAGCAAGUGCUCGUCGGGCCCCGUCUCCAGCUUCACCAUCCAGUCCAUUUUGGGCACGGCGUCCGAUGAGCCGCGCUCCGGAGCCAAGGAGCUGUCCAAGGGGCCGUCGCCGCCGAGGAGGCGCUCGCUGUCGGUGUCCUCCGAGGAGGAGUGCAGCGGAGGGGAGGACUCAGCGGACUGCUUCUGCUCCGACACGGUUCAAAGCGAGCCAUGCACGCAGCACCAAGCCCACAACUUCUCCUGCUUAGGUGCCGCUAAAGGUCUUCUCUCCGGGAGUGACGGACUCGCACGGCGGCCGCACCUGUCCCAGCCUCUGCUGCAGGAUUACAAGAAGGAGCAGGACAGACCGUGCCAUCAGAUGUCUCCUCUGUCGGAAGAGAGACAGACGGACGGCGCGGACAAACACGGCAACUCGUCCAAGAAGAAGACGCGCACCGUUUUCUCCCGGAGCCAGGUGUACCAGCUAGAGUCUACCUUCGACAUGAAGCGCUACCUGAGCAGCUCGGAGCGGGCCUGCUUGGCGUCCAGCCUGCAGCUGACGGAGACUCAGGUCAAGACGUGGUUUCAGAACAGGAGGAACAAGUGGAAACGGCAGCUCUCCGCCGAGCUGGAGGCGGCCAACAUGGCCCACGCCUCCGCACAGACAUUAGUGGGGAUGCCGCUGGUUUUCAGAGAUAACAACCUCCUGCGCGUCCCCGUCCCUCGGUCCAUCGCCUUCCCGACGCCCCUGUAUUACCCGGGGAGCAACCUGCCAGCGUUACCUUUAUACAACCUGUAUAACAAGAUAGAGUACUGAUAGACUGUGCUCUACGUUUACCACUGCAG